AUGAAGCUCAUCACUGUCGCCCUCGCUGGGCUGGUGGCGCUCGUCGCUGCCUCGCCGGUAGAGACUACCACCGCUGCUGCGGCUUCCAAGUAUGAGAACGAUGAUGCUCACACAUACAAGUGCGACAGCGACAAAUAUGUCCUCUCUUGCCUCCGCUCGGGCACCUGCUCUUUCGUCGAGGCGUGCUCCUUCGCGUGCGCCGACAACAGCAAAGGUGCUUGGUGUACCGGUUCAGCUACUGAUACCAGUGUUGAGGAUCGAGCUGUUGGCGACCCUUCAGCCAUGCACCUGAGCAAUGACGAAGUCAAGUACUCCUGCACCCACGACGAGUGGAUCCUCGCCUGUCCUGUCAACGCCGCUUGUGCUACCAUUGAGUAUUGCCUGGUCAAAUGCAUCGCAAAUGAGCGAGGUGCUGAGUGCUCGCCCGGUGCACCCGAGAAGCGUGACGUCGAUUCCGAUGUUCAUAUCGAGGACAAGAAGACCUACGAGUGCGCCAAGGAUCGCACUGGUGUCUUGGUCUGCCAGUAUGGCUUCUGCCAAACCGACCACUACUGCAAGAGGGGCUGGAAGUGUCGCGACAAGUGCAACUGCUGCAAGAAGCCCAACAUGUUCGACCGAGACGUCGACGACGCCGACAUCACUGAGGCACCUCCACGGUCCAAGGACGCAUCUGGCAAUGCCCCCACCGUCGUCGAGUCGGACGCUUUGGCCAAGCGUGAUCCUUCCUGUUCGCCUGGAACCUAUACCUGCCUGGAAUCCGCGACAACGGGUGCCUGGAUCAUGACCUGCGACUACAAGGGUGCGUGGCAGUACUCGUCGAACUGCGGUACUUUGAAGUGCCUCGAGCGAUCCGAUGGAGCCGCCCAUUGCUGGAACCCGGGACCGGAGUGGAACACGGAUCUGGCAGCCGCCAAGCGUGAGGCUUCUUGCAUGCCUGGGACCUAUUCCUGCGACAACGACGAAUCAACGGAUGACGCCUGGAUCAUGACCUGCGACUACCGGGGCAAGUGGGUGCAAUCUGCCAACUGUGGCGAUUUGAAGUGUCUCGCGCUAUCCAAUGGUGCCGCGCAUUGCUGGAACCCAGGACCAGAGUGGAAUACGGCAAUUGCAGCUCGUGAUGAACCAUCGGAAGUUCCAUCGGAUGUCGCUCCAUCUCAGUCCUGUGAGCCUGGAACAUUUGGUUGCACCUUCAACUCUGCCACAGGAACGAGCUGGGUAAUCACUUGUUCUCCGUCUGGAAUCUGGCAGAAUGCGAAGCCUACCAUUGGAGCCCGCGACGAGCUUCUCCAAGUCCCAUCAGAGCUGGCUCCAUCUAUGUCUUGCUCACCUGGAGCGUUCAACUGCGCCUAUAGGAACGUGACUCAGACGGAAUGGACUGUCACUUGCGAGCAGUCUGGAUCCUACUGGCAGUGGUCUGCCGACUGCGGUAAGGGUUGGAAGUGCGUUUCGGACGGUCGUGUUGCACACUGCGUCCCAAAACAAGCUUUAUUCGAAGCUUGGGAAGCUUGGGAGGCCACCCAGACCUCCACAUCGACUCUCGAGGUUGAGGCUUCAGCAAAGGCUUGA